AUGAGCAAAGUCGACAAAAAGAACCCUGCGCUACAUUUGACAGGCGGUGCUCUGUCUGGGAUGGUAGCAUGCACUGCACUGCAGCCUUUGGACUUGAUAAAAACUCGUUUACAACAACAGCGACAAGAUCACCUCGCAUUUUUGAAAGAAGCCAAAAGCAAAGGUCUCAAGGUAUCACCGCAAAAGAGCAACAUCUACUCUACCAUCAAGGACAUUGUUCACAGCAAUGGCUAUAGUGGAUUAUGGCGAGGCACUGUGCCCACCAUUAUGAGAAAUGUUCCGGGCUCUGCAUUGUAUUUCUUUGCUUUAUCCGAGAUACGUGAAAUAUUAGCGAAAACGAGGGGUACAUGGCAACCAAUACUAAACAAAUCAGGGUCCAAUGGCCUUCCAACUGCUGAGCAUCAACGAUGGGAGAAUUUGUUCUCAGGAUCUGCGGCCAGAGGCGCAGUGGGCUACGUGAUGAUGCCUAUCACAGUCGUCAAAGUGAGAUACGAGAGUAAUUUUUACAACUAUACCAGCAUGAAUCAAGCUUUCAAAUCAAUCAUUAAAACAGACGGUGUUCGAGGAUUAUUCGCUGGCUAUGGCGCAACAUUUAUUCGCGAUGCUCCUUUUGCUGGCAUAUACUUGUUCUUUUACGAGGGAUGCAAGACAUGGGCUAACGAUUAUGCUGUGAGUCAUAGUAUCCCCGUAGCUAAUGCAGUAAUCAAUAUGGGAUCGGGAGUUGCAGCCGGUAUGGCAGCUACUUGUACAACACAGCCAUUUGACAUGCUGAAAACCCGUAUGCAACUAAAGCCAAUGAUGUACAAGAACCUGAUUCAAUCAGCCAAAAAAGUGUACAUGGAGGAAGGCCUUAUGGGAUUCUUUGACGGUAUCAGUGUCAGAUUGAUCCGUAAGCCAUUGAACUCUGCAAUUUCGUGGACCAUUUAUGAGGAGGUUGUUCGCUGGUAUAAUCGUAAGGAUCAGCUACUGAAAGAAAAGCUUUAA